CGCAGCCCUAAGAAUGAAUGAAAUCGUAGCGCGCUGGGCGGCCGAGCGGGCGGCGCAGGCCGGGCUGGGCCCGCGCGCGGCGGCAGCGGCGCCCCGGGCCGGAGGUGGCCCAGCCGAGCGGGCGAUGGCCACCGCCAUUCAGAACCCGCUCAAGUCGCGAGGACUUCUACCGCGAGGCCAUCGAGCACUGCCGCAGCUACAACGCGCGCCUGUGCGCCGAGCGCAGCCUGCGCCUGCCUUUCCUCGACUCGCAGACUGGCGUGGCCCAGAACAACUGCUACAUCUGGAUGGAGAAGACCCACCGCGGGCCAGGUUUGGCUCCAGGACAGAUCUACACAUACCCUGCCCGCUGUUGGAGAAAGAAACGGCGACUCAACAUUCUGGAGGACCCCAGACUCCGGCCCUGCGAGUACAAGAUCGACUGUGAGGCACCCCUGAAGAAGGAAGGUGGCCUCCCGGAAGGGCCAGUCCUUGAGGCUCUCCUGUGUGCUGAGACAGGGGAGAAGAAGAUUGAGCUGAAGGAGGAGGAGGCCAUUAUGGACUGCCAGAAACAGCAGCUGCUGGAGUUUCCACAUGAUCUUGAAGUGGAAGAUUUGGAGGAUGACAUUCCCAGGAGGAAAAACAGGGCCAAAGGAAAGGCAUAUGGCAUCGGAGGUCUCCGGAAACGCCAGGACACCGCUUCCCUGGAGGACCGAGACAAGCCGUAUGUCUGUGAUAUCUGUGGGAAACGGUAUAAGAACCGGCCUGGGCUCAGCUAUCACUACACCCACACCCACCUGGCUGAGGAGGAGGGGGAAGAGAACGCGGAGCGCCACGCCCUGCCCUUCCACCGGAAAAACAACCAUAAACAGUUUUACAAAGAAUUGGCCUGGGUCCCCGAGGCACAGAGGAAACACACAGCCAAGAAGGCACCUGACGGCACUGUCAUCCCCAACGGCUACUGUGACUUCUGCCUGGGUGGCUCCAAGAAGACAGGGUGUCCUGAGGACCUCAUCUCCUGUGCUGACUGUGGGCGAUCAGGACACCCCUCGUGUUUACAGUUCACGGUGAACAUGACGGCAGCCGUGCGGACCUACCGCUGGCAGUGCAUUGAGUGCAAGUCCUGCAGCCUGUGUGGCACCUCGGAGAACGACGACCAGCUGCUGUUCUGUGACGACUGCGACCGGGGUUACCACAUGUACUGUCUGAGCCCCCCCAUGGCAGAGCCCCCGGAAGGGAGCUGGAGUUGUCACCUCUGUCUUCGGCACCUGAAAGAGAAGGCCUCUGCCUACAUCACCCUCACCUAGGCCUGGCUCUGGCUCACCUGGACCUCUAGGCGGGUGCUUGCCCACUUGCCUCUCGGAGCUCCUCUACUCUCUCCCCAUCCUUAAUGCCCCACAGUGGGAGGCGGAGAGGGGGAGCCUGAGAGGGGGCUGGGCCGCCCCCUAACCUCUGUGCAAGUGGAAUGUUUGCCCUGUGGGUUGGUGGGUCCAGCAGGGCCCCUCUCCCUCCCUCCUUCCCCAUCCCUUGGCAAAUGGGCACCAGGGGCUUCUGCUCCCCUCAAAGCCAUACCCCGCCCUCUGGGCGGGCACGAGGGGUGGUGGAUACCAGCCCAGGGCACGGACCCAGCCUUUUUCUAAAGAAAAAGUCAAAAAGUUAAAAAAAAAAAAAGAAAUUAAUAUAUACAAAGAGUCCUAUAAGGCCUGGCUGGGUGGAGGGGCAUUGCUGAGCGCAUCCACUGGGCACCAGUCUGUGCCAGCUUCCUGCCUGGCAGCCCCUUCCCCCAGUUUCUGGAGCUGCAGCUGUCCCACCUUCCUAUCCCAGGUGGGUACCAUUCCCCCCUCUGCCCAGGGCAGGUGGGUGUGGUGUCCACCCCUCGCCCCCUCCUGGUGCCCACCGUGGAUACUGCAUGAUGUGAACCAUGGUUUUGAAUUCUAUUCCGGCCCCCUCCCUGAGAGCCCCACCCUGCCCACUCCGUGCCUGCCAUGGCCUCGGGCUUUGUUGCCGCCACUGCCACCGGUGGGGCAGGCGGGCCCCUGCCCAGCGCUUGCUGGGAUGAGAAGCACAGACUGCACCGGACUAGCUUUUCCUCCUCCCUCUGCCCUGAUCCCCACCGGCCAGGCCGGGCUGCCCCCUGCCCGCCUCGCUGGCUAUUUUGGGGGUAGCGAGGGGGCGUGGUUGUUUCUUGUGGUUGUGUGUGUUUGUUGUUCGGGUUAAAAAAAAAAAGGGAAAUUGAGACUGCAAGUGGGUGAGGUGGUGGGUUUGGGGGCUCUCCCCCAAUCCAGGCGUACCCGCCCCUUGUAAACAAGUCUCCUUUAUUGCCUGCCUCUGCUGUGAAUUAACUUGUUCUGUGUAUUAAACUGGGCCUGACCCCUCUGC